AUGAAUGGUCAAGACGACCAUCAGUCGUCGAUCUUGGACUUUGACGAGUUCAAAUGGGUUCAAAAUACCUUCAAUUGUUUAAGCAGAAUGGACAUGCAGGCAACAUUCGACAAAACAUUGAACAAAACAACAUACAAAUCAGUUAUUCUCAACGGAGAGACUGAAUCGAUAACAACAACAACAACCACAACCCAAACAACUACAACAACUUCACUACUCUCUCCUAUCAAACCAAAGCCAGCCCAAAUGGCCAAGAAGCCACAUCCACUCCAGAAAGAACCGAACGGUUCUGUCCUACCUGCCAAAGAACAACUGAUCCUCAAGGUUAACAACAGACCUAUCCAAUCGGCACCAGCUUUAGUGCCUACUUCCUCUACUUCCUCCUCCUCAUCCUCUGAUGGUAUGGCUAUAGACAAGCCAGCAAGCUUUGCAGAGCCUCCAAUUGCCCUUACUUUCUCAGGACAUGCCCGUCCUGCUUCUCCUCAGGUUUUACCCUCUCCUGAUAUUGUUGUUGAUGUUGAUGAUCAACCAUCGGCACUGUCUUUAAGGGGAUGGGCAAAGGUCGGUAGAAAGGCAAAUCGGAUUGCCAAUCGUUCAAACAUGAACUCUCUUGAUGGAACUCCUUUUAGGAAUCCUCUUAGGGAGACCUAUACAAGCCCAACGUUCCUGGGGCACGAAAAGGAACGAUAUGUAUAUGAACUAGAGUACGCUGAGGAUACUCUGACCGAACUGAAACGGAUACUCAAUAUUCCCACCAACCAAUCAUCCAUUUAUUGCCCAUCAUUGACUGCCCAAGCCGAACAAGGUGCAGCCAUACCCCCAUCAACUUUUCUAGAAAGCCUCCAAUAUUCUAUCACCUACCACCAACAACAUACGUCUGAUAAUGCUUGCCGUAUCAAGCCUUACUUGUUGUCCUCUGUAAGGGCAGCAAUCAACAAGAACUCGAUACAGAACUACGUCAACGGCUCGUUGUUUCCUCAACCCAAUGGACCAUCUUCAUUUCCCAUUCACAGAGCAGGAAGUGAAAAUUCUCCUGGAAAGGAUUGGAUCCGAUCCACGAGACAUAUCCUCUGCUAA